AUGGCACCGAAAAAGAUUUUAAUGAUUGUUGGGGAUUUCGUUGAAGAUUAUGAAGUGAUGGUUCCUUAUCAAGCUCUUCUCAUGGUGGGCCAUCACGUUGAUGUCGUAUGUCCUGGUAAAAAAGCAAACGACACAGUAGCAACUGCUGUACACGAUUUCGAACAAGAACAAACAUAUACAGAAAAACGUGGUCACAAUUUUACAUUGACAGCAGCAUUUUCAUCAGUCAAAUCGACAGAUUAUGAUGCAUUAGUAAUACCUGGUGGACGUGCACCUGAAUAUCUUCGAUUAGAUAAAGAAGUUCGCGAUCUUGUACGUGAAUUUGAUGAUAGUAAAAAACCUAUCGCAAGUAUCUGUCACGGUCUUCAACUACUUGCUGUUUCUGUCGUUCUUAGUGGCCGUAAAGUUACGGGAUAUAAAGCAGUCGGGCCAGAUCUUGUUUUAGCUGGUGCAAAUUAUGUUGAAGUUGAUGUCACUGAGGUAGUCGUCGAUGUUCUAGUCACCUAUUACAAAAGCAUGUCCACUACUGAUAAUUCAAGCAACAUUAAAACAAGUACGACGCCAGCAAGUACAGAAAAUGAAUUAGACGAUCUUGUAUCACAACUUCGACAAACCAUUAAUAAAACUGGUUGGCUUGCACAGAAUACUUCUGCUAAAUGGGAAGCAGAAAAUCCGGAUUUAGCUAAACAAUGGCGUGAAGCUAUAAAAACGAGUGCCACUAGUGAUUCUACCGAACAAUAA